CAGCCAAUGAAAGGAGCGGAUAAGGAGAGGAGGCGGAGGAUGGAGCUGCCAGACGUCGCGUUUUGGGGGAGGAGGAUGAGGAGGAUGGAGCAUCACAAACGCCCAUCAAAGUUUAACAAACGCCACCACAAGACAGCGCGAUCGCUCCAAAGAGGCCUGUUUCACCCGGCAAGCUUGGACGAACCCGACAGACAUGGAGACUUCCGCCACUUUGGGACCAGUUUGACCCACUUGUGAGUCCUCCAGACAAAAAAAUAAAUAUAUAUAUAUAUAUAUUUAUAUAUUAAUCUAGAAGCGCCGAGAUGGACCAAGCACCGAGUCCUCCUCCUAAAUCGACCCAGCACGAGCCCAUCAGCUUCGGUAUCGAUCAGAUCCUGGGAGCCGGUACUGAGUCAGACAACGGGUCCGGAAGACGUCGCGAUGUGAGCGGCGGGGACGGUUACUACAGUUUAACGAGCUCGAGCGGGACUAGCGCGCCUUCCUAUACGGCUCUGUCCAUCUCCCUGUCCGGCGUCAUGCCCCCGGUCGAGGCGUCGGGCACCUACGGAGAGAGAAGGAGUGUGGGAAGCCGAGGAGUGAUUCGAGUGCCGGCCCACAGACCGGCGACAGCCCCGGGACCGCAAGCUCCGGCUCAGAGUACAGUGCCCGGCUUUGGAGGGCUGUGUUUCCCCUGGAUAGGAAACCGGUUCGCUAAGGAAAGGAUAUCCGCAGCUCUGGUUCCAUUCUCGGUGACACGGCGGAUAGGCCACCCGUACCAGAACCGCACGCCCCCCAAAAGGAAAAAGCCCCGCACGUCCUUUUCAAGAGUGCAGAUAUGCGAGUUGGAGAAACGUUUCCACCGCCAGAAGUACCUGGCCAGUGCCGAGAGAGCAGCCCUGGCCAAGAGCCUCAAAAUGACCGACGCCCAGGUCAAAACCUGGUUCCAGAACCGCAGAACCAAGUGGAGGAGGCAGACGGCGGAAGAGCGGGAGGCGGAGCGCCAGCAGGCCAAUCGGCUCAUCCUGCAGCUGCAGCAGUCCGCCCUGCACAAGUCCCUGGGCGAAUCCGCCGUGUCCGACCCGCUGUGUGCUCACAACUCCUCCCUCUACGCCUUGCAGAACCUGCAGCCCUGGGCCGAGGACAGGGAAUAGAGACGUGACACCAGGUUUCCAAUCGAUGGGCGUCAUCUGUUAUUCCGAUUAGGACGACGAGAUCCGCUUUUUUGGGGCGGGGGGGCGGGGGGGGGGGGGGGCAUGUGAGGACUUUAAAUCUGCGAGUGAACUUUGAUUGAUGGGAAAUUGCAAGACUAACUGGUGAGAGGAUGGGGGACAUUUGAGCGGUGAAAUUGGACCUUGGAUAUUUUUGCGAGGGUGAGUGACGCCAAUCCCGAAGAAAAUAGGACUUCAUUUUUCACCUCUGAGACUUUUUCAUACAUCCCCCAGAAAUAAAAGAAUCGAAGGGGAUAAAAGUGCUCAAAAUAUUUCAUAACAUAGUCAUUGUCUUCCAAUGUGUAUUUGUCCUUUUUAUUAGGGAGAUUACGUGGCACCAGCCAAUAGAAUGUGUACAAGUGAGGUAUCACUCGAUAUCUCGUGAAAUCUCAUGAAUUUAAAGGACGCAUUGAAAGGUUAAACGAUCCUAUAGGCUCUGUUAUGAAAAAGUUAACAGCAAAUAAGGUAGUCAGACACAUGCACUAAAAUUUAGUGUGUCCUGUCAACCAAACAAAAAUAUAAUUCACGUAAAUGUUUUGAAUUGUACUGCACUUAAAGCCUCACUAGAGCUCAUUUAUCUAAUGAUUUAUCCCAUUUAUUUACAGGGCACCAACACAAUCACUUGUAUAUAUGACAUUCGGUGCGCCCAAAA